ACCCUGAACAACAAAAAUGCAUUGUCUUUGGAACACAAGAUUGUAGCAGUCACACACUGAACACGACAACAUUACCUUGUUCUCUCAGAACUUCAAUCAAAACCUUAAAAUCACCAAAUGGGAAAAUUAGGGAAGAACGCACGAAAAUUCGCAAAAAAAAAUCUUCAAUCAGUUGAAAGAAACCAAAGAAAAUUAAAAUCCAAAUUCAAACGAAAAGCUUCUAAAGGUGAUGGUCAUGAAGUUGAAGAAAUUGAAGAAACUGAUGUUGUUGUGACAAAUCCUUCAAAAACUGUUGUUGAAGAGAUUCAAGAUGUUUCACUUGAUGCUGUUUUUAGUGAUAAUGAUGAAACUGAGGUUCUUGGUGGUGAUGAUUCUGAUAGUGAUGGAUUUCUUGAAGAGGACUCUAGCUUUGCUGAUGUUACCGGAAGUGAUGAUGAAAAUAAUAUUGAAAAUGACAAUGGUGGUAGUUCAUUGUCAGCGAAAAACAGUGAAAUGUUCGCAGAACUUUUGAAGAAAGAAAAGAAGUUGAACAAAUUGAAAGAAAAGUUUCCAGGGUUUUCUAAAUUCCUGGCAAAUUAUGAUGAUGAAGACACUGGACUAUCUUCAGAUGAAGAAACUGGUUCAGAUGACGAAACAAUGAAUGAUGAAAAUGCACAGACUCGGGUGGGUAAAACGUUGGCAAGUGCAUCUGUUGAUUCUUUGUGUAAACUGGUCAAAGAACAACAAAGUUUGCCUGCCCUUACUUGUCUCAUAAAUGCUUAUAGAGCGGCAUGCCACAGUGAUUCUGAAACAACCAGUGUCAUUGGCAGUGUCUUAUCCAAUGGCGUUCAGACGAGUGAAAAAUUCUGCACGAUAUUAAUGUUCAUGCUGCAUGAGGCUGAUAAUAUGUUUAGGAUGUUACUCUCAAUACCAAGCUCAAGUUCAAAGAAGGAAGCUGUUUUGGAUCUAAAGAAUAAAGCUAAAUGGUUAUCUCUUAGACCUCUUAUUAAGUCAUACUUAAGGAAUACCGUAUUUCUCUUGAACCAGAUCACCGACUCUGAGAUAUUAUCCUUCUCUAUUUGUCGACUCAGAGCUUCAAUGAUCUUUCUGGCUGCAUUUCCAUCUUUACUGCACAAGCUUGUCAAGAUUUGUGUUGAUCUCUGGGUAACAGGUGAUACAUCUCUGUCAUCACACUCCUUUCUUAUGAUACGAGAUAUAGCAUCUAUGUGUAGCUCUAAGUGGUUAGACAUCUGUUUUGUCAAAACAUACAAGGCCUUCAUCGGUCGCCCUCAAUCUGCACAUACAAAUUUUCUAAGGAACUCCUUUGUGGAGCUAUGCUCUUUAGACGUGCAGAAGUCUUCAAACAAAGCAAUGACAUGCAUAAGGCGUCUAGGUGACAUAUUGCUGAAGGGGUGGCAAACGAAAAAGAAGGAGGUGGUUAAUAAAAUUUGUAGUUGGCAGUACAUCAAUUGUAUUGAUCUUUGGGUUGCGUUUAUAUCGGAAAACAUACACGACUAUGAUCUUCAACCAUUGUUGUAUAUGAUUGCUCAAAUUACAAAUGGAGUUGCUCUCCUCUUUCCUGGGCCUAGAUAUUUGCCACUGAGAGUCAGAUGUAUCCAAUGGCUUAAUCGUCUUGCCGGUUCUAGUGGGAUUUUCAUCCCUGUUACAUCAUUCGUGCUGGAUUUUCUCGAAUACAAUAUUACCAAGGAUGGUGGGAAACCUGGAAAAGAUUUUGAAUUUGAACCUUUGUCUACCGUGAAGCUUCCAAAGCAUUGGUUAAAAUCACGUGAGUUCCAAGAAGAGUGUGUCUCAUCUACCAUUGAACUUCUUUCAGAGCAUUUUUCACAAUGGAGCUACCAUGUAUCUUUUCCCGAACUGGCAACAGCUCCACUUGUCUACCUUAAGAAGAUAGUUGAAAAGACCUCUAAUGAGAGUUUCAAACGAGUUAUCAAGCGUUUCAUUGAUCAGGUGGAGUUGAAUGUUGACCUUGUGCAAAAGAAAAGAGAUGAUGUGCCUUUCUCACCGAAGGACCAGCAGUCUGUCGAAACGUUUCUUCAGGCUGAGAAACGUAGUGGUAAUAAUUCAUUUAUGCAAUACUACAAAAGCAUCAUGCGCAAGGCUGCUUCCAGGAAAGCGAUUUCAAAGAGGAAGAAGUCUCCAGGCAAAGGAAAGAAAAAGAGAAAGCAGCAUCCAAAUGGCGUUGUUGAUGGCAACCCUACUGAUUCUGGAAAGAAAAAGAAAACGCAACAUCCCAAUGGCGUUGUUGAUGGCAACCCUACUGAUUCUGUAAAGAAUUGACACUUUUUGCUUUUAUGAUUUGGAUCUUCUCAGAUUGAAGAAAACAUGUUAUUUUCUUGUACACUUUGUUGUACCUUACUUUUUUAGGUUUUGAAAUUUAACAGCGUUGAAGACUAAUUUUGUUUCGCUCGUUGGACCUGAUGAGCAUCAAUUUUGAAAUAUUUAUUCUAGAGUUUUAUGCAAGUCCUUAGGUUUGAAAGGGAAUGUAAUUCAAGAGGUCAAGAUUUUGCAACUUUUUGGAGAUGCUGAUCAGUGCAAGGAAUACUAAUCUCACUACUAGGAAUGUUUGACAAAAAUUAUCUUGUACCCAUGUUUGACAAAAAUGUUUGAUUAUUUUGCAAUUUUGAUGAGCUUUUGCAA